AUGCGAAUUUCAUUGCAGAACCCUUUCUCGUUCUUUGGUAUUGACGAAUUUGAGAAAAACCAGAACAACAAUCAAUUCUUUGACGGGGACAAGUCGGAUCCUCGCCUUUGUCUGGAAAAUCCGUUUGACGAUGAUGACGAUGAAAGACUAGUGACGGAGGUCCGAAACAAUCCAAGACGCCCACCACUUUCUUCAGAUGAUGAGGACGACGGAGAUGAGGAUGAUGAUGAUAAUGAGGAUGAUGAUGCGGUGAGCAAUGGUGGGGUGGUUCAGACAGAAUCUGUAGAAGCACUGGGGAGGUCAGAAGACGACAACAUGGGGGUCAACAGCUUGACAAGCCCAACUCAGGUCUCUCAGGACAGCUCUUCAUUGAUAAACACACCUCCACCUACACGUCGCCUACCUCCACCGCCCACUCUUGCUGAGAAACUUAACAAAUUAAUUCAAGUUAACUUGGAUGGGAUGACAUGCAGAUGUCAUAUUUUCGAGACCACAUUUGCAACAAAUUACUCGGGAUCGGACUCUGGCACGGUUGCUGAGGCAAUUUUAUCUGCGGUGCUGACAUCAAUGGAGGAAGCUUUGAACAACUCCUUUCACGAGUUGAAGAUCCUUCCUAUCUCCGACGACACUUAUAAACAACAGAACCGGUGGAUCCGGAACUCGGCUGAGUUACGCAACAAAAUUCCGUCCUACCGGGCCCUGAGUCUUUACUGCGAUAUGGAAUAUGGGAAUUCUCCUUAUGCAGCAAUCAACAGCAAGCCUGGCGAGAAGAAACUACGUACCCGAAUGCGGGUUGGCUUUGCAAGGGACACGUCGGAAGAGGCGGUACAGGACUAUCUUCACACUGGUCUCCGUUCCCAGGGUCGCGGUGCCGGAUGUUACCCUUCGCCGCUUCAAUAUGGGGACAUUGUUAAAGUGGGUUGCUUUGCCUUCAUUCCGCCGGAGGUUAACUUUGAAGCCUAUGCGAAAGAAAUCAUGCGUCACUUUGACUUCUCUAUCCCUAUUGGAAUCAAGAUGGAUUGGGUUUCUACACCUUACACAGGACGUGCUAAAUUCAACAAACCAAAGCCAGACUUCCCCUUCGCUGCUCCGGCUACAUUUAUCAGUGAUUGGAAGUCUGCUCAACAGGGACUGAUCAGUGUGAAGGCCUACGGUCCGGUCAAGGAUGCUACCCUCACCCUUAUUAGCAAACUAUGUGAUUACUACAUCCUGACAGAGGUCCUGUAUUCGGUCAUGGAUCUUCCUGGGAUGUUCAAGUUCGCAACUACUACUAUGUUUGGCUCAUGCACCUUUUUUAAGCUUCUCUUGUCGAUCAAGGCAACCCCAGCUCAAGCCGACAAAGCUUCUCAUACCCACCAAUCAACAACUGAGACUGAUGACUCAGACGAUGACUCAGACGAUGACUCUUCUGACGACAAUCCCAAUGAAUCCUCUGGCUCUAAAGUCGGUCAAUUCACAGAAGUUUGGUCUAAGAAGGCGGCAACAAAGGUGAAAAAGAAGGCAAAGAAGAAGAAGAAGUUGAUCACUGAUAAUGAGAAUCCGUUCCUUAACAAUCUCUCCCCAGCCCAACGGAAAAUGGCUGAGGUGGCUGACCGUAAGCUGAAGAAUGAUCAGGAGCGUCACAAGUCCGGUCCGCUGUUCUUGAUGGUUCUACCAGGCGAGAUGGAGGGCACCUACAUCCUGGUGUGCCGCAAGAAGUUUGGACAAUUGGCUCGUAACUUCUUGAAGGGCUUGGUCCCUUUUCUGACUCAUCACCUGUAUGAGCCAACUCUGACAAAAACCGAUCAAGCCCUCCAUAAAUGGGUUCCGCAAUCAGAGAUCAGUAUGGCUCGACGUAAGAACCUCAAAUGGUGCACAAACACACUUCGUGCUGUGGAGGCUACCGCCUCGCCAGGCGCAGUUGAGGAAGCACUGGAGUUUCUGGAUGAUGUGAUGGAAGACGCAACGGAUGUCUAUGAUGGUCAACUCUCGAUUGAUUUGGAUAUGGCUAACAACAAAGACAUUGAUGAUGGGAAGACCGUGACGGGAAUGAUGGACGAGAUGCAGGAACGAGAGCAACAACUGGAAGAUGCCUUCAAUGAGAUUGAGAUUCAGGACAAUGCACUGGAGGCUCAGGAACGCGCCUUGGCACAACAACGUGCGGACAAUGCGACACUGCAAGCACAGCUUGCUGCCCUCCAGAGUCAGGCCAGCCAUCUACCUACCAUGAUGAGUCAGCCAUCUCCCACUCUACCACACACCAAUCGCGUGUCUCCUGACCGUCAAGCAUUGACUCCACCGGUCAGAUCUAGCAACAGAACCUUAGGCAAGUCAUCCACCGGUCAGAGCACUAUGGUUCCCAACACAGUGACACAACCAAAGAAGGCCACCAAGCAGGGCAAGCCACCAAAACAACCAGCCAAGAAGGCCCGAUUUCAGGAACCAUCUUCUGCCCAAUCCUUGGCGGCCUCGGCUGUUCAAGUAGACACGUCUCACAUGGAAGGGGACAACACUACUACCGCGUCUCAAGAUGAGAGCCAAACCUCAUCUCUUACUGCGUCUACUCCGCGAGAUGGAGGGUCUCCAUUCGUCUCUCCUCCUUCUGGGAAGGCGCACAGUGAUGGCGCCAAAAAUGGCAAUGACUCCAAGCAGCAACAGAUCAACUCCUGGCUGAAGGAAGAACGAGUGGGAAUUGCGUUGUUGGCAGAGGCCAAGAUGUUUUGGCCUUCUAUCAAUGAAGGUCACGGUUGGAGUGACAGACUCCGCCAAGCUACAAUGAAGUCCGAGCAAAAAGGGUUUUACUCAUCAGUAGCUUACAAUUGGCAUCAGGACAGAUCUGCUGCCACCUCGGCGGUACAAUGGGGCGGGUUCAUCGCGACCGUUUUGAACCAAGUGGCGCACAGGGCUAUGGAAGCUGGCAGAGACCCCACGGGUUUAGGACGAUGGGCCUAUGUUUGUCUCCAAGGAAGGAAGUUGAAAGCCCAUGGGGGUAAUGUUCAGGACUCUUUGGUUGAGGUAAAUGACUUAGUUUGUGGUCCGAUCUCCAAGGACUUGGUGGUUGUCUCCGCGUAUCGUCCCAACAAGCAAGGCCUUGGUGGAUCUACAGUAUGGGCACAACACAGGCUUCACUUUCAUGCAGUGAAUCGAAAAGUUAAUCCAAGGAAAGCCUUUGUGGACGAUCUUUGCAAACAGAUCACCAAAUGGCGUGAUGAAGGAUGUGAGGUGGUUUUGGGUAUAGAUGCAAACGAGGAUGUCACUGUUAACGCACCCCAGUCUAUCCGCCACCGCUUCCAGGCCUGCGGUCUUGAGGAGGCGAUCCUAAAACACCAUCCACCGCAAGCGACCCACCAGCGCAACCAACGGAACAUUCCGAUUGAUGGUAUCCUCACCACUUCGGGCGUACCAAUCCUUGCGGGUGGGUACUACGCCUUUGACAAAUUCUUCAAUUGCAAUCAUCGCGGAUUGUGGAUUGACAUUGAUCUUUCCGCUUCCAACCUCAGAAAUCCAACUUCAAGCCACGGAAGUUGUCCCUCCAAGACUCUCGAUCUGUACGCAAAUAUCUUCAAUUGGUUCACAAAGGUUAUGCCAAGUACUCCAUCCCGGAGAGAUUGA